AUGCCACACACCAAAGUCGACCCCGCUAUCAUAGAGGCCCUGGGCCUUGACCCCGCCAACUCGGCCAUAAAUCCUCAUGGUGGCUCAGGUUUUGUGUCAACGUUCAAGAUAACCUCUGAGAAGGAUGGCAAGCCCUUGAAUUACUUUGUUAAGACAGGAGAGGGGAAGGGAGCUGAAGUUAUGUUCAAGGGUGAACACGUCUCCCUCAACGCCAUAGCCGAUGCAGUCCCCAACUUCUGUCCGCGGUCUCAUGCCCACGGAGCUCUCUCCCUGCGGCCUGGCCACUAUUUCCUCGCAACAGACUUUCUCGACCUGGGCUCCUCUGCCCCUGGCGGCUCAGGCAAGACCCUGGCCUCCAAAGUUGCGCAGCUGCACACAACGCCUGCGCCCAUCCCAGAAGGUCAAGACAAGCCCGUCUUUGGGUUUCCCGUAGCAACUUGCUGCGGCUCUACGGAGCAGGACAACUCGUGGCGUACAUCGUGGGCUGAGUUCUUCGCUGACAACCGCUUGAGACACAUCACUCAGCAGGCAGUACGCAACAACGGCCCGGAUGCAGAGCUUGAGGAGGCUGUUGAACAAAUUGCUUCAGAGAUAGUGCCGCGGUUGAUUGGAGAUGAUGUUGUGAAAAACAUUACGCCUGUUGUUAUCCAUGGCGAUUUGUGGAGCGGUAACCACUCCAAGGGGCAGAUUGGGGGACGAGGUGGGUGCGAAGAAGUCGUUUACGAUCCCUCGGCUGUAUAUGGCCAUUCUGAGUACGAGACUGGCAUCAUGUACAUGUUUGGCGGCUUCACCAACCACUUCUGGGAGGAAUACUAUAAGCUGUUGCCAAGGGCCGAGCCAGUGGCUGAGUGGCCUGAUAGAGUGAAGCUAUACGAACUGUAUCAUCACCUCAACCAUUUUGCCAUGUUUGGCGGUGGCUAUCGAGCAGGCGCCAUGAACAUCAUGAGAAAACUCAUCAGCAAGUACGCAUAG